AGGCUUUGCAGCUUUUUAGUCGAGGUCGAUCAAAGAUACAUGUAUCUGGUUUAAUUAAUGCUAGAAGUUUAGCAGGUUAUCAGCAGAUCAGGUGGCCUGACAAGAUACACAGUGCGUGGCAUUAGUGUCGUCGUCGUAAAGUAAAGAAAAAUAGAUGAUCAGAUUUAUUCAGCAGUGACCAGGAAGAUUAUCAUUUAAAGCUGAGAAAUUUAGAUAUCUUUUCAUCAUGAAGCUACAGGGCCUUUUAAACCACAUCAUGUUUAUUCUGUUUGGGCUCCUUCAUGUUCUACAUUCAAGUUCAUCCAUUCCACUAAAGUUCAAGAGUAUGAUGGACAUCGAGGCAGGCAAUGUUCCUCAACAUUCCAAACCUAACUACCUUGCUGACUUUUCCUCAAGGCAGCAGUAUACAAAAAAAGAAUCAUAUUCCUUCCAAUCAGCUUAUUCUAUAUUAAAUCAGAAAAAAUUGCUUUUAACCUCAGUGGAACCUCAACUGCAGGUGAUGAAGGAACUCCAGGCAAUGACAUGUAUUCUUUGCAAAGGGAUAGUGUACCUUGUUCAGACCCAGGCAGCAAAAGGAUCAACCAAAGAAGAGAUUGCCAAGAUUAUAACAAAAGUCUGCAUUUUUUUUCGAAUAGAAGAUGAGAGAGUGUGCAUUGGUAUUGUCAGUGUGUUCCAGGAUGAAGUGCUUACUGUUUUGGAUGAUUUGGCACUUAGCCCAGAGGAAGUGUGUGGAGUUUUGGUGGGAAAAGACUGUGGCAUUCCAUACAACCCUCUUAAUAGCUGGAAUAUCUCUUUACCUAACACACCAAAGCCUCCUGUUGUGCCACACACAUUACCAAAGCCUGGCUCCCCAUCUGUACGAGUCCUCCAUCUGACAGACAUUCAUCUAGACAAGGUGUACCAACCUGGUUCAAAUGCUGUCUGCAAUGAACCACUCUGUUGCCAUGUUGACGAUGGCUUACCAGCACCAGGAACACCUGGUGCUGGUCAUUAUGGAGACUACCGCAGUUGUGACACCCCACCAUGGACAUUGGAAGGACUUUUCAGUCAUCUGGUGUCUAAGCAAGAGCAGUUUGACUACAUUAUUUGGACUGGGGAUCUGCCAUCUCACACUGUAUGGAACCAAACUCGAGCUGGUCAGACCUCCCUCCUAACGUCCCUCACAGACCUCCUUGUCAAGUACUUUCCAAAUAAAAGGAUUUUUCCUGCUCUUGGUAACCAUGAGAGUGCCCCAGUCAACAGCUUCCCUCCAAACUUUGUAACUGGAAACCAGUCCAUUUCCUGGCUUUAUGAUUCUCUUGUUGAGUCCUGGAAAGCUUGGCUGCCUGAAGAGACUUAUUCCACAAUUAAACAAGGAGCUUUCUACACUAUUAGUCCGUUUCCUGGUUUCCGAAUAAUUUCCCUCAACAUGAAUGACUGCAAUAACCAGAACUGGUGGUUGUUGCUGAAUACUACAGACCCCAAUGGGCAGCUUGAAUGGCUGGCACAGACAUUGCAAUUUGCUGAAGAUAAAAAAGAAAAGGUACAUAUCAUUGGUCAUAUACCACCAGGUGUUUCUGAUUGCCUGGAAGCCUGGAGCUACAAUUAUUACAUGCUCAUUGACAGGUAUGAGAGUACAGUUACAGGCCAGUUCUUUGGCCACACACACUUUGAUCAUUUUGAAAUUUUCUACGAUCAAGCAACACUGAAGAGACCUACAAAUGUGGCAUACAUCAGCCCCAGUGUUACACCCUUCUCUGACCUGAACAUGGGUUACCGAAUUUUUAUUAUUGAUGGCAACUACACAGGCAGUUCUUGGGAAGUACUUGAUCAUGCGACUUUCAUACUGAACCUCACAGCUGCAAAUGCACAGCCUUUAGCCAACCCAGAAUGGCAGCUUGAGUAUACAGCUAAGGCAGCCUAUAGCAUGAAAUCAUUGUUUCCAGAAGACUGGGACAACCUAAUCACAAAAAUGAAGAACAAUGACACACUUCUGCAAACUUUUAACAGGUAUUACUACAAGUCUCAUGCAGAAGACAGAUGCGAUGAUACUUGUCGAAAAUCUUUGCUGUGUGGCCUAAAAAGUGGACGCUCUCACAGUCCCGAACUGUGUUCAGACCUGGGCAUAAGCAGCCUCCAAGAAUUCCAAUACCUGACUACACUGAAGAAAGUGUGCUGAGCAUCAUGCUUUGAGCUUUGUAUUGUUUUCAGGCACACAUACCUGCAUCGUGUGUUAAUACUCAGUCAAUUUUUUUCUCAACAUAACAUUAAAUUAAGAAAGCUUUUACUCAGUUUACAUUAUGGCUUUUUCAAAACACUUUUUAUGAGCAGCAAGUAUAUAUUUGCAUUAAUGAACCAACAGACUCAUCAGAACUAGAGAAUGGUUGUUAAAUGUGAAAAUGGGUGUUGCAAAGUGCUUGUUAAGGCCUUUUUACCCUCCUGAGAAAUGUAUUUUCUCCAUGGCUUGCGUCAACAUCCAUUUCUGUAUUUAACUGUGAUAUUGUAGUGUUGUAUCAGAAUGUCAUUUUUGGAAGCAUAUAGCUGUUAAUAUGCUUAGAUUGUUUUUACAUAUUUAUCAAUAUGUAAUUUGUAUGAUUCUUUGAAGGGACACCAUAAACUGAUUUCUUACCACAUGAAAUCGUUUAUAACAAGCA